CUUAAUGAUGCCAUAUUGUGUUGUGUAUUUAUCAGACCAAUGUGAAGAUCAAUGCUCUGAAACAGCAUGGUGAGUUGAAGAGUCUUUCCUUUACUUAUAAUAAACAAGAACAACUUGCACAGGCAAGCCAGACAGUGAAACAGACAUGGAGCCAGGAAGCAAGUAGGGUAGCAUACAGGUAUCAGGAGGAACCAGUGGUCUCAUCUGGGAAGUGUAGUUUGGACCAAUGAACUGAGGAGGAUAAUCAUAGAAAGAAUCAGGUGCAGCUGGUGGAAGGGAGACUGAGGAAUAUUGAGGGAGAGUGACUAAUUAACACUGAUUAGCAGGAGUGCAGGGAAGUAAAAAGAAACAUCUAAAUGAGCUGAUAAGUAAACAAUGAGACUGCAACUAGAGCAUGAACAAGGAGGAACUAGAUCUAUAAGGAAAUAUAAACUAACAUAUCUAAUGUCGGAUUCCAAGGAAGUAACAAAACUAAACAGAAAGAAUCUAAUAAACCUGAAUGAACAGAAAGAAAGCAAGAGAAGAACCUGGCUGUGCAGAGAAAGUAAACCGAACACAAACUCAAAAACAUAACAGGCCGUUUGUUCACCAAUGUUCUCUAAGAAACCUCUGAGGCCUUCAUAGAGCAGCUGGAUAUACGUUGAGAUUAAAUUACACACAGUUUGACUCUAUUUACUACUCUAUAUGUGACUUCUCAAGGCAGAUAGUUGCACAGAAAUGUAUUUAGGGGUAUCAAAGUAAAAGGAUGACUGAAUAAAAGCGCAUGCAACCGUUUUCUGUAUGUAUUUGUAGAAAGGUUUGGCAUGCUGCACCUUCUUCGGACUUCUCCUGAAGUGUGUACUAAGUAUCCAAAGACUGCGAUCCAUGUCCUCCUCUAAAUGGGCAGCUGAGAAAACAGUCAACCAGAAAUCCAAAACGUUUUCAACUGACGGAGCAACGACCACCUUUCAGUCUGGAUGUUUCAGCUCAUCCAUGCAUACACACGCUUUAGAUCCCUGGAACAUGGCCAGGGUUCAUCUUAUAUGUGUGUGAGUGCGCGCCAUCAAGUGGAACUCUGCGAAGCGCUUCACAUUUAUCCGGUCCGAGAGUAUAAACGGUAAAGGACAGAUGUCUGUCGGCAGAUUCUUCCACAGAAACUCUAUGUGACUGGGUGACAGUCACCCCUCCCUCCCCGCUCCCAGCAGCAGGAACAAAAAGACAUCUGAGACAUGGAGGACGAAAAUUGAGAGCACUUUGUGAGGCCGCCACCACGCUCCGGUUUCAGAAGGUCUCUGUCAGGCGAAGGGCGCUGUUUUUACGCAUCUCAUCCAUUCCUUUAAGUAGCUGUGUUCAGCACUCCCGAGGAAGACAGUAGCCUACCGCGGAACAAUCUGUGGAUUCCGCAGUCCAAAUAGGAACUUUUACUUCAUUUUUUAAACAAAUAACGCUCAUAUUUAAAGAAGAGGCGCGCAUUCAUGGAAAUGUGGGAAAGAGCUGCAUAAAGGCGUGAUGGGCAUAUCUUGGAAGAUAUUUUGACCAGUACCGCAAUCCUUUAACUUCCAAGCUCAGAGCCACCUGAUGCGUAAAAAGGAGGAGAAGCCCGGACUUCAGCGUGGUUCUGGAACAGCUCUGUGGACGCGCACUCCCUCCUCGGACAUUCAGAAGCCGAUCCGAACUCCACUCUUCUCCAAACAGAGACGCAGAGCAUUAACAGCGUCGUGUUGUUAUUUACUCUUUAAGCUGUGUUAGAGACAAGACUGAACAGGUUGCUGGAGGUAAAGAAAGAGGGAGCCUCGCCUGAAAAACUGGCUUCAGUUCAUCAAACGAUGGUGAGACGUGAGUCACCGGAGCGGAACAAAUAAAUUGGGGGGUGCUGAAACUCAACAAGCCAAAGAGGGGAAAACCGCAUUUUGGCCACGCACAAAGGCGCAGGAGGAGGCGCCUCUUCGCCAGCUUUUCGAUGGAUUCUUCCAGCCUGCUUCUGCCUCAGAUGAGACACUCUGCUGUGGACAGUAGCGAGCCGUGACGCCACGCUGGAAAAACAUGACGCACCGCAGCGCGCGGAGAGCCGCAGGCAUUAGCGGCGGUUUUCCUGCUCUUCCCGGUGCGCACCGUGAGCGGAUUUCCCACGGGACAGCUGGUGGGACCAGAUGGAGGGUUUGGAGAAAGGAUAGACACAUUUCUUCUGUCAUGUCAGCAAAGGCCAAGGCGCUCCUGUGGGUGCUCAUCUCUUUGCUGCCUCUUGUGGAAGGAGCUCACAUGAGAGCUCAUACUCCGACUGCUGCUGCUGGUAUAGGAUCAGACUUAAGCCAUGCUGCAGGCCUUCUGGACGCUCAGGACGAGAGAGAGUUUCCUGUGACACUGCCAGAAGUAGUGGAGGACAAGGAGCAGGAGGAUGACCCUAACCCUACUUGGCAUGCUCUAUAUGAGCCGUUUGUAAUGGAUGAGAUGGAUGACCAUCCCAGCAUCCGCUGGGCAGGGCGCUCCCCACGCUCGUCUGACCCCACAGAACCUCAGCCUAAAGGAUCACAGAAGAAGAAAAAGAAAAGAAAGAACAAAGAAGGGGAGGAUGGCGAAGAGACAGGAAAAGCAGACAGAAGGGGGAAAGGUAAAAGCAGGCAUCCGAAGCAGAGCAGCAGAGACUGCCGGGUGGAGAAAAAAGAGAUGAAGGUUCGGGACCUUGGACUGGGCUUUGAUUCUGAUGAGAUUGUCCUCUUUAAGUUUUGCGUGGGCUCUUGCCAGAGUUCGAGAACAAACUAUGACCUGGCACUGAACACACUGCUGGAAAAUGGCUCACUGCCUCGCCGCACUGCCCGUAAGGUCAGCAGAAAUCCUUGUUGCCGGCCAGACCGGUACGAGCCAGUUUCCUUCAUGGACACUACGACGACAUGGAGGACCAUCCAGUCGCUUUCAGCUGCCAGUUGCAUGUGCAUCGGCUGAAUAGACGGUCUACACAGCCGGUUUCAACGCUCGUGUUGUGUGCUAAAGGCCUGGAUAUAAGUAAUGGCCAGAGGGAGGCGAUGUCACACAUCAAACAUAAUAAGUUAUAGAGGCCUUUUUGGGUGCAGCUGGACACUAAGGAGCUUAAAUCAGAGACUUAUGUGAAGCAUCACUAGGGAAUCUCCAUCUGGAAAAAAAACAGUUUUCACCUCAAUGCUGGACACGGGAUUCAGGAACCUCUGAGCCCUGGAAUUCCUUCAAAAAAGACAACUCGUAUCUAAACAUGUUUUGAUUUUAUGUGGGAGAGAUCCAACAGCUGAAACUCAUGAGAUAAAAAAAAGCCUAGUUAAAGAACUGACACUGUUUAUACUGUUACUUUAACUAAACAGACAGAUAGGACACUCACUGCAAACAGUGAAACCAGCGCUUCCCAAAAAUUCCCAACAGUUUUUCUGUUUCCCCACACACAAACAGGGACCUCACAUUGUAUCUUUUUCUAUACAUUCAGGUGAACUCAGCCUGGCGAACUCAGAUGCCAUGCAUCUUCAUGUAUUACUGUGUAAAAGUAAAAUAUAUUUAUUACAGCUAAAUUAUUUAUUUAUUAUGGCUUCAUAUGAGAGCUGUUUUUAUAAACUGUAUAAUGUAGAUGCGAAUAUAUAUAUUUAUUGCCAAGAUUCACAUUUCACCUGCACAGCUGCUUUUGUUGGAUUCUUCUCAGUGAUUCAUUUUAACGUUUUUCCCAACGCAGAGACACAAACCAGAUAGUGAAUUUAGACAGCCAUUGUAGCCGUAGUUACUGCCUCUCUUAUGCCAUUUAGCCCUAACCAAUAGAAUGUAAAUUGUCCUCCAUCAUACUGUUGUAAUGAUCCUGAUUUAUUUUGUUUUUGCCUCAGUAGUGCCUCACAGUCUUGAUCCUAACAUGUAGGCAUGGGCCAGUAGAAGAUGCUCAACAUAAAGCAGGGGUUCCCAAACUUUUCAUUCCAUGGUCCCCCAAACAGCAUUAGCUUCUGGGUGGGGACCCCUUUUUGCAAACCCACAGAAGCAUCAGCUUUUUAAAAUGUCUUUUACUAACUAUUCAAUAAUCAAUACAUUUCUUUAAUGUAAGAAUAUUAUUAAAAUAUGUUAACAAAAUUAUAAUCCCACUGAAUAACAUUCAACAUACUGCUGAGAAUAAGAAGUGUUUUUGUUUUACCAUUAUCCCCAACCUUUCUGAGGCCUUCUUAGUGCCCCCCUGGCGACCUCCCAGGGGGCCGUGGCCCCCACUUUGAAAACCACUGACAUAAAGUAACAAUAAUAAUUUUUCACAGUUUAUAACACAAACAUUUAAUGAAGAUCAUGAUCUGUUUCCUUUCAUUUUAAACAGAAGAGCAACAAUUAUUCCUGCUUCUGCUAAAACUAAAAAACAACCUAAUUAUUUAUUUAUUACUUCUAUUGAUUGUUGUUAAAAAUCUAGAAUAAACACCCGCCAAUUUCAGUAGUAGUUUUCAGGUGCUUAAUGUGCAACAUUAGGCAUAGUUGCUGCUCUGUGUUUUAGAGUAAGACAAAUAUAACAAGCUGAUUUUAGCUGGUUAGUUAGUUAGGCUUUCUGCAGAAAGAGUCUUCUUCAAGUGUUUAACCCCGCAUGUUGCUUGUAGCUUGUCAGCUGCAGUUUAAAACAGUGUUCCCUUAAAAAGAGUGCUGGGUGAUGCUCCUUCAGUUUCCACACCUUGACUCAGUUGUUUUUCACGUCUGGCAAUAAUUCCAAACAGCUGAAUUUGUGUUUUGUGUGAGCGAGAAGGCUCUCUGAGUGUACAAGCCUUCUUUCAGCCAGCUAACCAGCAGUCACCACUGGAUUUUGGACGAUGUGGGCCACUAGGCUAAAGCCAAGUCGUGUGGCCUGCCCACAUGUUUCUUUUAUGCAUGCAAAUUACCAUAGACUGAUAGUUAGGUAACCACUGAGUUUACCAUUGUUUCAGCUUAGAGUGGUCAUCAUUUUCUGUCAUGACAUCCAAGCAGCUAAAACUCACACAAACAUCUGAAUAUGCUGUUAUUGCACCAAGCAAACCAGCAGUUGCCUUGACUCCCUUUCAAGCCAUAGUCUACUUUUCCCCAAAACAGGGCGUGGACCUUGCACAAUCACUGAGUACCCAGAUGUUUCAAUUCACCUGUUGGUAGAUCUACAUGAAGCUUGACAAAUGAAAACACCUCACAGUGACACGAGCAUGUACGUUUUUUUGGAGGGGGGAAAUGCCAUGUUUGCAAUACACUCAUCCACUUGGCAUCCAUUCUUUUGGGCUCCAAAAAAUCUCUGGGCACCAGGCUACUGCACAGGCAAUUCCUUGCUCAAGUCCAAUCCAGCCUUCAGUCUGCAACAACAUGUGGGGGAGGGUGGUGUUUCUGUAUGGUCCAUACAGCCAGAGAAAACUGCAGUCACUUAAGCUCAUUUAAAGAACUUUACCUUGUGGUAUGACGGGAAACAUUAGCAGUUUUACCUUUAGCCUUUUAGAACUUUGGUAUACCUUGAUACCAUGAAACUGGCCCAUGCCUACUGCCAGGUUAUACCUUUGUUCCAGUUUCAGGUUUAAUUUAACUUAGCAAAAAUGUUCUUAUUGCAAACAGAUAAAAUAUUUUUCAUCGUAACAAAACCUCAAAGUGUCUUAAGUGCAUCUUAAUGGUUCCAUAAUUCAGUUUAAAUUACACUCGCUGUUACCCAUCAUCAUCAUCCAUAUUAUUAUUAUUAUUAUUAUGAAAUGUUCUAUAUUUUUGUAUGGCAUUAUCCUCCUAGGGAAUAAAGUUUUAAAAAUCUAAGUAGUUUCAUCAUUGUACUACUCAGACAUGUGGUCAAUUUGCUCAAUUCAACCUUUUCUGGAAACCACUCUUUUCAAGCCGUUUCCAGUGGAGUUAGGUUGCAGCGCCACCUGGUGGCUGAAGGUCAAAUCAAAGAUUUAACCUUCAACUGGUUUGGAGCGUUGGUAGUACUGGUGUCCCAGCUUUGAAAUAAGCCAAACCAACAACCAGCAGUUUUAAUGUUUUUUUUUAUUUUUAUUAUUUCUGCACAAACAACAGAUCCAACAAAAAUCUCUAAACAUCUCUAAACAUGUUUUUUAAGUAGUAUGUUCACAUUGGCUGUUUACAAAUGUGGUUGUAAAAUUUAAAAUGUGCAAUAUGAAUACUUAGUAAAAACAAAAUGUUUACAUGUAGUUUUCCACACAUUACAAAGUUGAGCAGCGUGAGUUUACAAAAUACAGAUACGCAGCUUAACAACAACACAUGAUGGAUGGACAUCACAGUGUAUAGCACUAACAUUUUCACUUGUACCCAUAGGGUAUAAUAAUAUACUAUUUCUGUUCCAGUGCUUGAACAAAAUCACCAAAGUCAUUCUUCCCAAUCCAGUUUUAGCCUAAAGAGGGACUUUUCCAUCAGCAUCAGCAUCAUCACAGUAAGCUGCUUGUUGGAUUCACAGUUAGUGGCUAAAUGCUGAAAGUGUCUCAUCAGCCAAGACUGCCCAUAAUCAUGACCAGGGCUAGCUGUUUUCAAGAGGCUGCACAGCCACUUUCAACAAAUGCCCAUUUGGAUUGGGUGUUUUGCUGCGAUUGAAGUAAAAAAGCAGAGAAGAAACCCAACACUGCUGCCAUGCUUAAUGUGAAGUACCUGCUGCCUGCUUACAACUAAAGAACAAAAUCAAAACAUAAAUGAUACAGAGUUCAGUGAGUUAAAUGUAAAAGCACAUUGAAGAUGAGAAAAUACAACCAGAGCCAUGAAAAAGACACAUUAAACAUUGGGUUAGAAAAAAUGAAAAACAACUGCAGACAGACAUUUAUUGUGGCUUUGAUUCCAAAUAAAAUGUGUUUAACUCUUGGAUUGUUUUUACAGCAUUUGUCUGUUUGGCAUUUUCUGUUAUUAUUUUUCUAUUAUCAUUUUGUGUGGUUAUACCAUUGACGUCUGUAUUUGUCCUACAAAAUCAGAUGUUUUUGCUCCACUGUUAGCUAUCAGAGGUCUGCAACCUUCCACCUCCAGAGCCACAUGCAAUGGCUAUCUGUAACUCAGCACAGUUAACAAGCAAAUCUCAUUGUGUUUCUAUUUAAAUAAAAGUUCAAAAGUGUC